AGGGGAAGGCCCGUCCUCGCGCAUCAAGCCUAUCACGCUCAGUCUGAGUGUAAAGCCCACCUCCGGACCAAUUACCAUUCGAGAUAUGGAUAUAUCAUAGAGUCUUAUCAUGUGUUUGAAGUCCGAUUCCUAUUCCAAAUACAUAGUGGCAAUGUCUUCAACAUAUUAAGAUAAAUCAAAGGGAUUACCCAAGUAGUUUUAAACUAGAUUACACGGCGCGUUUUGUAGACACGCUCCACAACUAGCAGUUUAUAGAAAGUUUGUAUCGGAGUCUUAUUUUUAAAUGUUAAAGCAUAUGGACAGUAAACCUAUGACACCUCUAGUGAGCUCGGACCGGUGCUGCAGAUGGGCGGCAUAGGCAGGAAUUUGUAUCUCAAUAUGUUGAAUGGAACAGACGCGCAAAGUUUCGCCAAAGACGCAGAAUUAAACAGCCACCUGCACCGAAACCGCGACUUACCGGACUUCAAAAUGGGCAUCCAAGACACGAGGUUUUACUACCAGGACUCGAUUCCAAACGGACAGGACAGUUUGACGUUACCGUUCCACGCGGAGCACCACCAAAGUGCCGGAGCGCAGACGGGGAGGUUUUACACACCGGCUCCGCUCGGCAGCUGUCACUUCAGCAGCCGGAGCGGGACGGGACAUACUUACGUUCCAGCCGGAGCCGAUGCGUAUUCUUCAGCCAACGGCAAAGACGUGUACCCGAGCAGCGCAGACAGCUACACGGCGUCUUUUCAGCACGGGUACCCGCGAGCACCGAUGUACUCUUUACCUGGUCUACAGGUGUCCGGGAAGACACAAGUUCUCCUCAACAACUACCCGCUGUGGGCAAAGUUCCACAAGUAUCAGACAGAGAUGAUCAUAACGAAACAGGGACGGAGGAUGUUCCCUUUCCUCAGCUUUAACAUCAGCGCAUUGGACCCCUCGGCUCAUUAUAACAUAUAUGUGGACGUGGUUCUUGCUGACCAGCAUCACUGGAGGUACCAAGGAGGUAAAUGGGUCCAGUGUGGCAAGGCAGAAGGCAACAUGCCAGGAAACAGAAUGUAUAUGCACCCAGACUCUCCCAACACUGGGAAUCACUGGAUGAGACAGGAAGUUUCCUUUGGCAAACUGAAACUUACCAAUAACAAAGGCAGCUCUAACAAUGUAGGACAGAUGAUAGUGCUACAGUCGCUCCAUAAAUACCAACCACGUCUUCACAUCGUGGAGGUGAAGGAGGAUGGAACGGAGGAUCCCUUCCUGACCUCUAAAACUCAGACGUUUGUCUUCCCCGAGACCCAGUUCAUUGCUGUCACUGCCUACCAGAAUGCAGAUAUCACUCAGCUGAAAAUAGAUCAUAACCCGUUUGCUAAAGGUUUCCGGGACAAUUAUGACACGCUGUACGCACCUCCUGACUCGGAUCGCCUCACGCCUUCCCCAACCGAGAGCCAGCAGCUCCUUCCAGGCGGUUGUUACCCUCACCAGCCGUACCUAUCUGACCAGUACAUGAGUCCCCUGUCUCAGAGUCGUUUCUACAGCCGCGAGCCUGUCAGCAUGACUCAGCAGUGCCCCAAAGACCCCACCGCCAGCCCUCACAGCCGCUGGUACCUGCCCAGCCAGCAGGGGGUGCCGCCGAACCGCCUCGACUUCAAUGGGUACGAGAGUGAAUACCCUUCGAACAGCCUCUACAAGCCCUUUCCGCUACAGUCGUCCCCCCACCACCCGCUGAGCUACUACCCCGAAAGCCCCUUUGCCUCCGGGCCGGUGUCCGCUGCCAACCCAGGGCCGUGGGGCUCAGGACGGCCCUCGACGCAGUACCUUAAUCACCCACACCACAGUAAACCCGGGUCUAGUCUCAGCUGGUUCCGAACCGUCUCAUCCCCAGCUUCGUCAUCUUCCCCCUCAGCGGCGAACUCUCGCUUCCAUCCCUCCCCGUCGCUCCUUGAGCCCCAGCGCCAGUCACUGCUUCAAGAGAAGUCCAAAGAGUCCGGGGAGGACGCCUGGAUGGAAGCACCCUCGGUUAAAUCGGUGGACUCUGCCGACUCAGGCUUGUUCGAGGGAGGUGAGAGCAAGAAGAGGCGAGUGUCGCCUUAUACGUCCAGCACGGAAAAUUCCCCUCCCAACCGCAGUGCAGAGGCUUGCGAAAAGGACAAUUGCAGUGAUGCAGGCUACUACGGCUUCUACACCCACUGAAGACCAGCAAGAAGACUGUGCUCUUACUGUCUUCCACCCACCGUCUGUCUGCAUGACCCGAGACACAGGGAUCAAGCUCUCUGUGAUAGUAGCUACAGUGCCAGGUGUUAGAUGGCCCCUCUGUGCUUUGUGUUCCCUGUGUUAGAUGUUUGGGGGUCAUGUGGAGGUGUUCUGAAGGUCACCGUCAAACAAAAGAUGAAGACGAUGUGACUGCACCGAGACACUGGCCUGGAGACACACAGACAGACAGACCUGUGUGACUUUAGCAGCUGAAGAUUUCACAGCACACCUGCUGACACUCCCCCAAAGGAACUGUCUAUGUCCCCCUCAUCAGCCACAGACAUAAAAAACACCAAACAAAAAACCACGCGCCACAAGCACACUUGAACAAACAAUCAAAUCGUUCUCAUCGCAUUCUCGUCUGUCUUUAAAAACGUGGACUUAAAGGGAUGGUUCACAGUCUGUCAUCAUUUACUCGCCCUCGUGUUUUUCCAAACUCGUACGACUUUCUUUUUUCUGUGUAACAGAAAGACAUUUUAAAGAAAUUACAACAAAGUACUUUCAAGGAUGCAAAGGCACCAUAAAAGUGCAAAUUUGGAUGAGAAACAGACAUGAAAUGUAAGUAUUCGCAAUUCGGACAAGGCUUGUUCUUUCACGAACGCACCAAAAGAGAGUUGAAGCAGAUGAAUAAUGACUUAAAUUUCAGUCUGUUUCUCAUCCAAAGCUGUCCCUGACAGAAACAUAGUGUCGGCCCAGAUCUGGCCCACAUAUACCAGAGGUGGGCCAGAUCUGCCCCACAUGUUGCUGUCUGGGAUCGUAUGGCUGCAGAAAAUUUUGGUAUUUUGUGCAGAAACCCUUUAAUUUGUCUCUAAAUGACAUGGAUUUGACUCACUCAAGAUGUGAUGCUUUGGACCUUUAAGCAUGUGCUGAUCUUCAAAAUGGCUUCAGCAAUAGUUGCUGUAACAUAGCCGUUUUUUCAGAUUGUUAAAAAAAACUUUUUCUGUACGAUAAUACAAUGUUGUCUCAUUGUAAACAACAUACAUUUUCAUAUUAAACAGAUUUAUUUAAACAGGCUAAUGUUGCAUGCACUUGUGUGCUGCAUAACAAUUUAGCACAAUGAGUUAAUACAUUGUGCAUUCAAAUGUGAGCCUUACAGUACAACAUUUGUGUGUCCAGUCAAUCCCAAAAUGCACCCCUACAGGGAGCACAAUCAAUAAGCACAUUAAACCCUAGGCCACUCAGACAACACAUGCUGGAAAUAAAAGAGCCACAAUGUCUAACAGACCAUGGCUCUAUACACCAGCUGGGAUUCCAUCUUUUAAUAGACAGACAUAACAUGGUUGAUAGACGAGUUCCUACUAAAAUAUUAAGCAGCACAACCGUUUUCAACGUUGAUAAUAAUGAGAAAUGUUUCUCACGUGCCAAAUCAGCAUAUUAGAAUUAGAAAGGAUGACACUGAAGACUGGAGUAACAGCUGCUGAAA